AUGGACUUCGCAUCGUUAAUGUCCAAAGAAAUCUCCAAAGCAAAACCCAAAGCAGACUCAUCAGACACCUCCAAACCCAAAUACACCCGGCGCGGCGACCUCGAAGCCGCCCGCAUCGCCGCCUACAAUGAAGAACAAGAACGCCUCGCCCGCGAACGCGAAGAGCGCAAUGCCCUGAAACGCAAGCUCGAAGACGAAGAAGCCGAGCGUCGUCGCGAACGGGAAGAGAAGAAACGCAAACUGGCCGAGGAGUCGCGCAAGAAGCGCGAAGAGGAAGAAGCUGCUCGGGAACGAGAGCGCAGGAAGAGACUCGGCUUGCCGGAGCUGCCGCCUACGGAGUCUGGAGAUGAUAAAGAGGGUGAGGGCAAGGAAGGUGGCGAGGAGGAUAUACCGGAGGAGGAGCUGUUGAACAAGUUGCGGGAGAUGGAAGAGCCGGCGAUAUUGUUUGGGGAGACGCACAAGGGCCGCCUGAGACGGUAUAGGAGGCUGUUGCAGCGGUCGUUGACGCCGCAGCCGCAGCUGUCAGAUGGGCCGAUUCCGACGACGUUGGAGCUGGUGCCGGAGGUGGAUAUGAAGAUUCCGGAGACGGCGCCGAAGGAUCUGGAGGGGAAGAAGUUCCUGUUUCGUCAGCUGGCGUCAUACUUUAAUAUGGUGCUGCGGGAGUGGGAGUUGGCGUUGGCGAAGCGAGAUGCGUCGGUCAAGUUGAGCUUGCAGGGAAAGCAGGCGUACAAUGCUAUGGUGCAGUCGCGGGAGAAUAUGAAGCCGUUGUUUCGCAAGUUUGAGAAGGUGGAUAUUGAUGAUGGAGUGCUUGAGCAUGUGGUCGAGAUUGUGUCCAAGGCACAGCAGCGGCGAUAUGUCGAUGCUAAUGAUGCUUAUCUGCGGUUGAGUAUUGGAAAAGCUGCUUGGCCUAUUGGUGUUACCAUGGUUGGUAUUCACGAGCGAUCCGCACGAGAGAAGCUGCAUCAGAGCGAUCAGCAGGCGCAUAUUUUGAGUGAUGAGAUUACGCGCAAGUACUUGCAGAGCAUCAAGCGAUGCCUCAGCUUUGCGCAGACGCGGUGGCCUCCGGAUGAUCAGUUGCAGAUCAUGGGCUAG